GCUCUGGUACCAGGCGGGGUCUCCCCUUGGGGGCCUCAGCACCUGGGUAAACAUUAAUGGGGCUUGGGACAUAGCAGGUCACGUGGGCACCCAGGGAAUCUUUGACCUGCGGCUGCUCCUGCUGCCUUCUCCCUACGGGUACCCCUCAUCACCCACGCAGAAAUCUAUGCCGAAUUCCCUUGCUGGUGGCCAGGUCCCCCACCCCACUCUGGCUACGAUCGACCUGGUGGACAGGAGUCUGAGAGAUGCAGGGGGUUCUAGAAACAGCCCUAUUGACCUGACCCCUGCGGACACCUGCAGUUCCGUCCUAGUCUUGGAGGAGGGCAGCAUGGACCCCUGGGCCCUCCCUCAGCUGAAGAACACGAGCCCGCUGAAAGAGUUCAGCAUGGCUGGCAGGAUGUGCAGGAUGGUCAUCGGCUUUCUCAAGGUCUGUGGGCUCCUGGGCAGCCUCUACUUCUUCAUCUGCUCCCUGGAUGUCCUCAGUUCUGGCUUCCAACUGCUGGGCAGCAGAAUGGCCGGAGAUGUCUUUAAGGGCAACGCGGCGCUGUCCAACCCUGUGGCGGGACUGGUCAUUGGUGUGCUGGUCACAGUGCUUGUGCAGAGCUCCAGCACAUCUUCCUCCAUUGUGGUCAGCAUGGUGGCCUCCAAGCUGCUGACCGUCCAGGCUUCUGUCCCCAUCAUCAUGGGCGUCAAUGUGGGCACGUCCAUCACCAGUACGCUGGUCUCCAUGGCACAGUCAGGGGACCGGGACGAGUUCCGCCGGGCCUUCAGUGGCUCAGCUGUGCAUGGUAUCUUCAACUGGCUCACGGUGCUGGUCCUGCUGCCACUGGAGAGCGUUGCGGCCCUGCUGCAGAGGCUCAGUGCACUGGCCCUGGGUGUUGCCCACCUGCAGCCUGGGACACGGGCCCCGGACAUUCUCAAGGCACUGACAAAGCCACUCACACACCUCAUCGUGCAGCUGGACAGUGACCUGAUAGCCGGCGGUGCCACUGGCAACACCACCACCACCAGCCUCAUUAAGCAUUGGUGUGGCUGCAGCAGGGAGCUGAGCCAGGGCCACAGCAGUGCCACUGGAGCCCUCAGCCCCUGCACCGGGAGAAACAGCUCAGCCCUCGGAGACAGGCUGCCCUGCCGCCACCUAUUUGUGGGCUCGGUGCUCUCAGAUCCAGCCAUAGGCUGCAUCCUGCUCGCCGGCUCCCUGCUGGUGUUGAGUGCCUGCCUGGUCCUCAUCGUCAAGCUACUCAACUCUGUGCUGCGAGGCCACGUUGCCCAGGCUGUGAGGACCGUCAUCAAUGCAGUGCUCGUCCCCAGAUUUCCCUUUCCCCUUCGGCUGGCUCAGCGGCUGCCUGGCCAUCUUCGUGGGAGCUGGCAUGACCUUCCUGCUCCAGAGCAGCAGUGUCUUCACGGCAGCCGUCGUGCCCCUCAUGGGUGUUGGGGUGAUCAGCCUGGACCGGGCAUACCCCCUGCUCCUGGGCUCCAACAUUGGCACCACUACCACGGCCCUGCUGGCUGCCCUGGCCAGCCCCUCGGACAUGCUGCUCUUUGCCGUCCAGGUACUGCCCAGGUCCCCCUCCUGCUCCUUCCUGGCCAGGGCCUCCUCAACUCCAGCCACAGGCCUUCAGACCCAGCUCCCCGACCAGGCCCCGCCUCUCCCCAGACCUCACCCUUCCCAGGGCUGUCUUCUCAGAGUGGCCGGGACCACACCUGUGCCUGCUGCCCCUUUGUCUCUCCAUGCUCACCCACGCUCCAACCUGGCCCAUGUGGGGGCUGUCACAAGUGCUGUUUUCCGUGUGCGAGGUGCCUCUCUAACCCCCACGAACCAGCUGCUUUAAACCAACAGUGGCCACCUGGGCAAUGCCCCCUUGCCCAGCCCCCAUCCAGAGGCCCCACCACCUAUCAUGAUCACUCAGGCCGUGCCCAGUUGUGAUUCGGCUUCCGAGAUGCCCCCAUCAUCCAGUGCCCCCCUCUGGACCCCACUUCUGGGCCCACAGCACUGCUCAUUCUCUCUAAAGCACCCCAUGCUGGCUAGAGCCUCCUUCUGCCCAGGUAGGCACACAGGCUCGGCUCUGAAACCGGGAUUGUGCUGGGCUGCUGCUCCCAGCGCAGGGCCCUCCCAGUGCAGGGCCCUACCCCACACCUUCUGGAAGCCCCAGCCUUGCCCACUCCUGGAGGGGCCCUGUAGCUCUGAACCUCCUCCCCCAGCCUUUAGGGAUGCAGUUACCAACAGGAGGUGCUGGCCCAGGCUUCCAGCUCUCAGGUGUGUGCUCUAGGGUGGGUGGUGGGCA